CACCAUUAUAUCAUCAUCAACAAAACACCUCCUUACCUAGCUUCACAAAUCAAUCACUAUCGAGAACCAUGACGAAGCAGAGGGCUGUAUCGCCUGCUUCGACGCUGCAUACACCCCCGCUGUCGUCGCCGCUGUACGAGGAGACGAGCGGGGGUGCUGACAACGAUGACUCGCCGGUGUUUCUUUGUGCUGCUCCAAUUGCGAAGAGGAGAUCACCGAGUGUGAAGGCUGAAGGUGGAGAUGGAGAACAGCAACGACAGAUCUAUUCUAUGCUUGGGCAACCUGUGCCGGCACCUGUCCUCCCAGUAUCCCACGACGACUUGAACAUUGACGACCUUCGCCCUACACCCAAUGAUGACAAUGACAUGCUACACGACAAGUUGCAGGAAGCACUAUCAAGACUUGGUAGCAUGGCUGAAGAGCUGAAGAGGGCGCGGACAGUUGCCGCACACCAUGUGCUCCAGUUUCAACUGCUUGCCUACGACGCUGCCGAACAGACAAAGCGUCACACCGUGCAAUCAGAACUCACCCAGAAAGAGAUUGACGCUCUAUCCAAGCGUCCUGCACCCGCCCCAGCAGCAGCACAGCCGGCACCCAUGUCAAUUGCUUCUGUCUGCGAAGUAUCAACUUCCGCCCCCGCAAAUGCAUCCCAACCCCCCCUCGCAGGCUUCGCCGGCCUCGAACCCCCCUUCAUGGAAGAAGCCCCUAGCACCCGCACCCAAACCUACCGCGGCCGCUACCUGAAAACCAAGAAACGCCUCCGUGCAGCAAAACAACUCCUCACCGAAAAAGACGACGCAAUCCGCCGUCUACGGUCGCGGGUGCCUACGAUGCAUAGAAGGGGUGUUGGAGAUCAGGCAAGUCAGUGUAGUAAUGGGAGUCAGACGAGCGGGUUGGAUGCGUUGGGGUUGUUGGCGAGUCAGGUAUUGGAGAGGGCGAGGACGCCGGAGGAGGGGGAGGUUGAGGAUGUUGAUUUGUCUGCCUUGACACCGCAUAAGCAGACGCCGAGUUUGUCGCUUUCGGCGUCGAAGGCCCUCCUCUCACCCGCUCAAUUCACGAGUAAACGCACGCGCUCCUCUGCCGCAUUGGACGAGGAAACCGAGUCAGAACACGAGGAGGAUGAAAAAACGAGGGAGUUGUUGACUGGGCCUGUCUGGAGAGAUGGAACGCUCGACUCUGCGGAACCUCAAGGCUGCCAGACACCGAAGAGGAGGAGGAGGAUGCCCCCGGGACAGUUCAUAUGGGUUGAGGUCAGCCCCAAGGCACCACCAAUGGGGUCGGUUGGGUAUACGAGUAGUAGGGCUAUCCUUAUGGCGAGUCGUCAGAGGGAAGAAUAAGCCACGUGUAUUUAUUUGGAAAUUGGGGCCUGGUUUUUUGGUUUUGGUCGUGGGAUUCCCGAUACCCGUGGGAUUUUUUGGACAGCUGAUGUGAGGUUUUGGUUCUUGGGCGCUUGCUGUUUUCUGGUAUACCACAUAUACUUACGCUU